CCUUAUCUUACCCAACCAGAUCCAUGCCAUGCCAUAGAGAAUAUAUGCGCCGGAGAGGCAUUCCCAAGCAACAGCCACUGAUCUGAAAAGAUUCUUUCCACACAGCUUUUGCGAGCUCACAGUGUAGGGAGAAGUGGUUCCUUAAUGACAUGACAAAGUAUCAUUUCAAUCCUUGGAUGCAUCUCUUCUAAAACUAGGUACUAAGACAUGAUUUUGAAUGGAUGCACCAUGACCUCAGCAACCAUGGCCACAAAAACUGCCUCUUUUAAGCCUGUGAUGCCAAAACGGUCAUAUGCAUGCUUUUCUCAUGUACCGAUUUCAGUUAUUUGCCCAAGUGCAAGCAUUAGGAGCUUGUGGGGAGUUGGCCAAGAAAAGAAAGCCUGGCCAUCAAGAGGAGGGAAGGAACUUUAUCUUUCAGCCAGAUCUGCCCCGUUGCUAAGUGGGGACCACGGCAGCCUUGAACAUGCAAUUCCAUUACUACCCAGACGCCAUACAGUGGGGUCCAGGGCGCCAAUAUGUCCUCGAGCAUCCAAGGAUGUCCCUUACAGCUUCCGCUUCCCACCAAUGAUGAAGAAGCCAAGGUGGUGGUGGAGGGCCUUAGCUUGCCUCCCCUAUCUCAUGCCUCUCCACGAGACAUGGAUGUAUGCAGAGACGGCAUACCACCUCCACCCCUUUUUGGAAGACUUUGAAUUCCUCACAUAUCCUUUCCUCGGAGCGAUUGGACGGUUACCGAGCUGGUUCCUCAUGGCCUACUUCUUUGCAGCCUAUCUAGGGGUUGUAAGGAAGAAGGAGUGGCCCCACUUCUUCCGCUUCCAUGUUGUGAUGGGCAUGCUCCUUGAGAUCGCCCUCCAGGUGAUAGGGACAGUCAGCCGAUGGAUGCCGAUUGCUGUCUACUGGGGGAAGAUUGGGAUGCAUUUCUGGACAGCGGUUGCAUUUGCAUAUCUCUUCACGGUGCUUGAGUGCAUGAGAUGUGCACUUGGGGGCAUGUAUGCUGACAUCCCAUUUGUGUGCGACGCCGCCUAUAUUCAGAUUCCAUAUGAUUAAGGGGAGUUCAGGGUAAGAUAGCUCUUGUUUGUUGGGACAGUUUUGAGGAGACUAUCCAUGUUUUUAAGCCUUUGAGAAUGCUCUCAUACACACACAAUGCUACCAUGCAUGUAGCAUUCUCACAUAAAUUUUACUUCUUCUGUUCUAGUUGUAGUUCGAAAACCCGAAAACUCAGACUCAACUCGAUGUUUAAGUCA